CACGGAGUACAAAAAAAAAAAAAAAAAAAAAAGGCAAACCAAAACAACAGAAAAAAACCCCCAACAACAACAACAACAAACAGCGAGAGCUGGAAAAAUGUGCAACGUCAACGCGCUCGGAGUCUACGUGUGGGAGACGAUCGUUUUCUUCAGCCUGGCAGCCUCCAAAGAAGCUGAAGCAGCAGCACGAUCUGCCCCCAAACCCAUGUCUCCUUCUGAUUUCUUGGAUAAGUUGAUGGGGCGAACUUCGGGAUACGAUGCCAGGAUCAGACCAAAUUUUAAAGGCCCGCCAGUGAACGUCAGCUGCAACAUUUUCAUCAACAGCUUUGGCUCGAUUGCAGAAACAACUAUGGAUUACAGGGUGAACAUCUUCCUGAGACAGCAGUGGAACGACCCACGGCUGGCGUACAACGAGUACCCUGACGACUCCCUGGACCUGGACCCCUCCAUGCUGGACUCCAUCUGGAAGCCUGACUUGUUCUUUGCUAAUGAGAAAGGGGCCCACUUCCAUGAGAUUACCACAGACAACAAGCUGCUGAGGAUCUCCCGAAAUGGCAAUGUCCUCUACAGCAUCAGGAUCACACUGACUCUGGCCUGCCCCAUGGACCUGAAGAACUUCCCCAUGGACGUACAGACGUGCAUCAUGCAGUUAGAAAGCUUUGGCUACACAAUGAAUGAUCUCAUAUUUGAGUGGCAAGAAAAAGGAGCGGUACAAGUUGCUGACGGGCUGACAUUGCCUCAGUUUAUCCUCAAAGAAGAAAAAGACUUGAGAUACUGCACAAAGCACUACAACACAGGCAAGUUCACCUGUAUAGAAGCUCGUUUCCACCUGGAGAGACAGAUGGGCUAUUACUUGAUCCAGAUGUACAUCCCCAGCCUCCUUAUUGUCAUUCUGUCCUGGAUCUCAUUCUGGAUCAACAUGGAUGCUGCACCAGCUCGUGUUGGCCUGGGGAUCACCACAGUGCUCACUAUGACCACACAGAGCUCUGGUUCCCGAGCAUCACUGCCCAAGGUGUCCUACGUGAAGGCCAUAGACAUCUGGAUGGCUGUGUGCUUGCUGUUUGUGUUCUCUGCACUUCUAGAAUAUGCUGCUGUCAACUUCGUGUCUCGGCAGCACAAAGAGCUGCUCAGGUUCAGAAGGAAGAGGAGGCAUCAUAAGAGUCCCAUGCUGAAUCUGUUUCAGGAGGAUGAAGCUGGUGAGGGCAGGUUCAACUUCACUGCCUACGGGAUGGGACCAGCUUGCCUACAAGCCAAGGAUGGCAUCUCUGUCAAGGGUGCCAACAACAACAACACGGCCAACCCGGUGCCGCCGCCGUCCCGCUCGCCCGAGGAGAUGCGGAAGCUCUUCAUCCAGCGAGCCAAGAAGAUCGACAAGAUCUCCCGCAUCGGCUUCCCCAUGGCAUUCCUCAUCUUCAACAUUUUCUACUGGAUCAUCUACAAGAUCGUCCGCAGAGAGGACGUGCACAACCAGUGAGGGGAGGGGAGCAGCCGGGAGGGAGCGAGCAAUCCUUUAUAUAUGUGCAAUAGCAAUGCAGCAAUGCAUGAAUUUAAGAAUGCGGCAAUAUCUACUAAAAAAAAAACAUGGGGAGGGGGGCUGGGAGGGACUUUUAAUCGUGUGAACUGAGGACAACUGGCACAGGGAGGAGAAAAAGAAACUCUUGAUCUUGGGAGUGCAGGGUGGGGGUUAGUUUUACAGCAUAGGAAGGUUUGGAUUGCUCCAGCAAUCCAAGCAGUGUAAUAUAGUAAUAUAUAUUCAUGCUUAAUUAUAAUGCAAAAAGAAAACAAUCAAAAAAAAAAAAAAGAAGAUGAACAAAAAAAAUUCCUUUUUUUUAGCCUAUUAACAGCUUAGAUUCUCAAGUCACUGGAAUGAUUCAUAAUUCCAUGUGCAGAAACGACUGCAAUUCUGCUUUAUCUGACUUUUGCUAUAGAAAGGCCAUACCAGUCAGGCACGUGGGGGAAAAAAGCCCUAACAAAAGGGGAAAAACACCUCAAGAAAAUAAUUCUAUGCUUCUCUAGGUUUUGCACUUUGAAAACUAGAUAGAUGGGGAAACUUAAGAAAGAGGCUGCAGGUUGUUGUUUAUUUUAUAUAUUUACUUUUUUUAGUCAUGGGUCUGCUGAUCAAACACUUUGUGACUUUUGCAUAGAGGAAAGCAAAUACAUUAUCUCUCUCAUCCCCAUCAGAGAGCUUCCAAAGGAAACACAGGAAGGACAUCAGGGCCUUCAUCAGAAAUCACAGGUACCUUCUGUCCUUUCAAACAACCUGGCAGGAUUCGAGCCCCAGGAGGCAGAAAUGCUAUUCAGAAUGCUAGAAAUUAUGAAGGGUUUUUCAAAAUAGGGUUUCUUUCAUUUGUUUUGGUUGGUUUUGUUUGUUUUUUUUCCAAACCCCUUUCUGCCAUGUUUGUUUGCAAUGGGGGGAUGGAAGUGAUUGUAUUUAAAAUAUAGAGAAAACAGGCAUCUUCUUGCCUUGUUGUGACAGGACCGGGCAUGUGGCAAUACUGUCAGUAAGGGGGGGGGGGGGGGAGGGAAGGUGUGUAUAGAGAGAGCAGCUCUUAUUUUCAGACAUUUCAUAGCAGUAAUAUUAAUAGUGAAGCUGGGUCAGUGGACCCAAAACUAUAUUUUUGUAUCUAUUUUGGUGCUGCAUUUACCUUUAACGAGGAUGGGAAGAUGGAGCAGGCUGCUUUGCCCCUCUCUGCUACCUGGCAGAGGCUGGCACAGCUUGGUGGGGAUGGGGAAAGGGUGGAGGGAGGUGGGAAUGGGUGAGCAAAGGGGUUUCCCUUUGGCCAAGUGGUAGCACACGUUUGCAUUGGUGUUUGAGGUAGGGGAGAAUGUGCCAAACACCUCUAGGGUGUGACUUGAAAGCCUGGCUUGGGGCCAGUGGGCAAGUUAAGGGUUUGGUGUCCCACUUGCCUCUCUGGCACCCUGGGUGUGAGCUGGCUGCAGCACCCAGGGUGACUCAGCUGUGUCUAUUUGCACUUUAGUAAGGCAGAUGAAAGAGAGCACGAAGGAAGAGACAAUCAGUCUGCACUGAAGCACUUGGGGUCAGGUUGGGGUUAGGCACUAAACGAAGGCAGAGAGACAAGUGGCACCCAAGGGAGGUUGGAGUCAUGUUCAGCCACGGGUGUCCCAGCCAGCACAGCAAGAUGCAGGCAUGAGAGAGGGCAGGGGAGCCAGGGACCUGUGAGCUGUCCUACACAGGGAUGGUGCCAAGUGGACAAAGCCCAGAGAAAGCCCCAGGGCUCUCUUGGGCUGGGUAGGGGGACACCCAUCUUUGAGGCUGCCAAUUCAGCACCUUUCACCAGCACUAAAUACACUUUAUUUAAAGAGAGAAAAAAAAAAGAAAAAAGAAAGAAACGAAGAAACAAAGGAUAAGAAUAGCAAGGGGAAAAAGGGAGAAAAAAGAUAAAAACCGUGGUGGUUACUGUGUGGACUAGGGCAAACAGCAGCAUUUCCUAAUAUUUUGGCAAAAGCCAGCCAGCUUUCGGAGUCCCUUUGUGCUGCUGAGAUAGGGAAAAGUCACACCACACGAGUGUGAAUCAGUACAUGAGCCCCUUCCCUCCACUGGAGCAGCAGGAAACCCGUGGGCUGAGGAUUUCUGCUUCCCCUGGCAGAUGGUGCUUUCCCAAGCAGAGAGAUCUCAAGCUGUCAAGCAGAGGCGUUUUUUGAUGCUAGGACAACGUCCCGAGCCUUGGCUGGAGCCCAAGUCUGCUGCUGGCUCUGGGUUUGCUUGCUGAAUUAUUGAACUCUCCCGGCGUGCGCGCCGGCCGGCCGUGCCAGCUGCGGUUUGCGCGAUCGCUUCAAACGGCGUGUCCUUGUCUGAGAUGAAAGGCAAAUCCAGGGAAUUUCCUCUCCUGCCCGGCAGCAGGGCAGAGUCUUGGCAGCCCAUGCACCACGGCUCCUUCCUCAUGCAGGUGAAUGACUGCAAAUUGCUGUCCUUUGGGGAAAAAAAAGAAGGUCCUGCCUGGAUGCCCAGACCUCGCACUUUGGAGUCGGGCAAUCUGGCCGUGGUUCACACACCUUCAGUCUCCCCUGGCUAGCCAGGGUGGCUCCCAGGGCACAGCCAGCUGCAAGGGUUUCCUUCCUGACUGCAGCUGCCCUAAGGAGUUGCCUGUAGGUUAAGAAAACCCAUGCACCAUCCUCCCACCCAACCGAGUUCUGAUCCUACAUCCCGAGGGCAAGAGCAGAGCAAGGAGAAGGAAGACAUUUCCACCUCACUUCACUCUGCUCCAGCUCAAGACUGAAUAAUCCUGUGUUCAUCCUACACCUACUGUUGCAGAUGCAGUUACACUCACAGUUGCUGCUUCACUAGAGCUCCAGUGCCACUUCUUGGCAUGGUGUAAGGCCAGAGGAUGGCAAUUAGGGACUAAAAAUCAUCAGAGAGAUGCUUAUGUUUCCUGCCCAUACAGAAGCACUUCAGCUGCUAGUAGAGCUCAGGGAGUUUAGGGACUAAAAUAAGAAGGCUUACCAGCCUGCCUUUGCUUCCAGUUCAGCUCUGCCAAACACUGGGCACAUUUGAUGCCCACCACAAGCAGCAUUAUCUUCUCUUCUUAAGCAGCCAGCUUCCAUUUGAGCCAUCUUCCAGCUCCAGGGCUGCCUGCACAGUGACAGCCAGCAGCACUCACAUCCCAACAGGAAACACGCAGGGAUCUUGGUAAAAGUGUGACUGUGCUGAGAUAACUGUCCCAGGGAUGUCCUGCCAGAGAGUUUCACCAUAGGCAAGACUUUAGACUGUCCUAGGAGCCCCUGGCAAGUCUGUGCAGUUUUCAAAAUCAAACAUUUUUCUCCAUUUGUACUAGGUUGUGUUUAGUCUCUGUAUUGCAAAAGAACUCACUUUGAUAACCUAUCUCAUCUUCAAAGUAGGCUGCUUGGAUAGUGCCAGCAAUUAUAUUUAUUAGUUAGAAUGCAGGGUAGCUUCCAGGAAUAUUGAUGGAAUUUAACUUUGCAAUUAUUAUCUCUUCUUAAGAACAAGGCUCAGAAGAAAAACCUCUGAAUAAAACAGAGGUUUGAUCUGGCAGUAAAGAGACAAAAUCAGGUCCUAAUUCAGUUGGAUUCUUUGGAAAAAGAGAGCUGUAUCCCAAAUAAUAUUAUUUCCAGAUGUUGCUGGAGGUUUAUCACUUCAUGAGCAGGAAUUCUUUUUCCUUAGACAUAAAUAGAACUGUUGAGAAUAAAUAAAAAAAAAAAAAGCUUACUAUUUUUUGAUCAGGUAAAAGAGUUUUUCCCACUUUAAUUCCUGAUUAAAGUGGCUUUCCAUCUGGGAUCACGGUACCAUGGAAAUCAGAGAGGAGCUGAACAGGGUCCAGGGCAGAGCAGAGAGCACGUGGGCUGCUGCAGAUUGCAGGACUUGGCCUUGACCCUGGCCAAGCACCAGCUGCCUGUGAACAGCUGCUCCGUGGCUCUGGUACUGCCCUAAUUCUCCUGUCCUAGAGGCCUUUGCUGGUCAGGGCUGGGGGACUUUGCUCCUAAAAACAUCAAACAAUUUCAAAUGCUGAAUAUUCUCACAGCCUCUAAACAGGAACAUUUUUUGUUUUGUUUUCCUCAGACUUUUCUGGAAGUUUUUUCUUAUUCUUUUGCCCCUUCUAAGAUCUUUAAUUUUAAAGCAAAUCAAAGACAAUUCAAAUUACACUGUUGAUUGCCCUUUAUCUUGACUGCAAUUUAAAGACCUUGGUUUCCUAAUGCUGGUGGAAAAAAGGUUAGAAACAUUUAGAGUGUAUAUUUUUAAAAAGAAAGGAACAUAUGAAAGGAGAAAAAGCUAUUUUCAAAGGUGCCAUAUUUUUCACAGAUUGUAUAGAAUCAUAUUUUUGUACUGUACUACCAUUACUUAAUAAAACAUAGUUCUUAUCCCUGUGCCAAAGACAGACAGUCUCUUUCAAUACUCCAUUCUUUACUCCAAAACCUUGCUACUGGCAGCAGUGGGUAACACAACAUGGACCUCUGCUACCAAAAGCCCCAAUCCUACCAGUGCAGCUGCAAUUCUGGGUCAUUGCCUCCCACAUGGACAUUGUCCAUCUCCUGCUGGGUGACUGCAGGCAGCACGUCCUGCCCUGCUGCAGCAUCCCACAGAGCUCAGCAAGGGAAGUAUCUAAUCCACUCCCUGCUUGGAAGCACUUACACACUCCUAUCUUCUUCUCAAAAAGAGGUGGAUGGAAGGGGCAUCUUGUGCUGCUCCUACUUCAAUAGAUUUCCAUCAUUUGUAUGGAGACAGUACAUUAGUAGUUAAAUAGAAAAUUGAGAUACAGGAUUGUUCUUCAGGGUGCUAGGAUGGGCACCAAAGCAGAAACUCAUUAAUUUUAGCGUCUUAAAUUAUUUCAGGUUCUUUAAGUCUUCCCAUUCCCUUCUCUCUUUCUCCUUAACAAUUAUUUCUUAAGGGCAGUUACACGUCUCUUGCUCAAAUGAACCUACACAAGCCUCUCACUUCAUUCAAGUCUAUUGUACUUUUCUGCAUUCAUCUCCUCUCGUUUACCACCUGAAUGUUCACUCCUGUGGGGCUCAGUUCCUCAGCGCUGCAACCUUUGAAGGGCCUGGCACAGAUCAGUGUCUUGGGAAAUGCAGAGCAAAAUACAGGACUAAAACCAUUCCCCCUAAGCAGGCAGGGUAACAGCUACCAGGGAAGUGCUUUCACAGCCAAGCAUGAGGAGGACUCCAGGGGAAUGUGAGGGUGGCCAGUAAGGGCUUUUUUGACUGUGCUCUGUAAAAGCAAAGCAGCAUAAGUCAGAGAGAAUGCAGUCUUUUGGGCUAUUAUCCCUCUAGGGCUCCAUGUUUUACAGUGAUCCAGCUACACAGCAGCUGUUUAUUGGAAAUCAGGUUCUUGUAUUCCCAGUCUCCUUCUCCCGUGGUGUGUAGCAAAGGGCCCCACAGGAAAUGAGCUGCAGUGAACCAGGCGAGGUGUAAGCAGCUGCUGCACAUUUUGCACAGAGCAUCCACUCGGAGCUACUCCAGGCUCUGCCUGCAGGUGUUUGCACUGGAUGAGACAUUCUCUGAGAACUGCUGGGAUGAGCAGCCCUUGGGUGAUCCCACCCUGAAGGACCAUUGAAGUGCAGAGCCCAGGCUAGGGGUACUGGAGGUAGCUUAAUAGUGGAAAGCACAGGCUGAACCAGGUGAGGACUCCCUGGAGCUCACUGUGAGCUCCCUUGCAGUGGGCAUCCCAUGCACUGGAAUUAUGACCCUUUUGUUUGCAGGUUCUACAGCCUUCCUUGUUCAUCUUUUCCCUCACUCACCCUACCACAUUGUCCCAGCAUCAUGCUGCCUGCUGCUGUAACAUGGGAAAGGACACAAACCACAUGUCAGGCUACAGGAAGAAGGAUUACUUCAGUCCCUAGCAGAGGAAAUCACUGGUUAAAUUGCCAAAUGAGGAUCCUGGCAAAGACCAGCAGAGAAGGGAAAGGGAAAGGGAAAGGAAAAGGAAAAGCAAUAGGAGAGGUUUGUUUGCAUGCCACAUCGCUCCUGGCAUUCAAGGCAGACAGUGGUAACAGGUAUGGUGCAAGGCAGCAGGAAUUAUGAGACCGUAUUAAAUAAUAAGACCAUCAGGUUUAGCAAACCCAAGUUGAAGUCCUCAUGCACUUUACUGCCAGGUUUCUGAGUAGAAAUUAUAAGGGAGUCUUAUGUUUGUGAUAUUCCUGCUCCUGGGUCUAUCACAGAGAGAGUGCUGAAGCCCACCCUGGGACAGGGCUGGCUCCCAGCAGUACUGGAGAUGGGUCAGCCAUGGUUUGACCCAGACCAUGCACAGAGAGAGAGAGUGAACAGAUGGAACAGAUUCAGCACAAGGGGAUGUUGCCACUUUGGGGAAAGGCAGGGAUUGCUUCAUGUUGGCUUAACAAUCCCUGCAGCACUCAAAGCAUUGCUGCUGGGGCUUACAGGCUCUGCUUAGUGCUGCCACAAAAAGCACAUGGGAGAGGGACCUCAGCAGUCUCCUGAGAGCAGCAGUUCCAGCAAGAGGAUACAAAUGCUGUUCCCAGCCUGAGGGUCAAACAUGUCAGCACUUCCAGUAUAAAAUCAUCCAUGUUUUUCUGGGAAGGGGACGACACCAGCAUAAAUAAGCCAUCAGUCUGGUCUGAAAUUAGCUUUUAUUUAUAGACUUGCCACUUGAAUUGCAUAAGUAGCUCAAGCCAAACAAGGACACCCUCCUCACCUACCCAGAGAACUGGGGCAUGAGGUACUGUCAUUAACUACGUGCUCAGGCUGCGAGUGUGUCACUGCUGUGGCAAGUGAGUCAAGCUUGGCAGGGACAGGUAGGGCUGCCUGGAGCUGCCAAGUGUGAGGGGCAUAGAGCUUGCAGGUAGUUUUUGCUGCUAAGGCUUUUGGGAAGCUGGUCCCAGGACUGUUAGCACUGUAACAAAUCCCCUUCCCCAGAGGAUCUGUGGGAAGACGUGUCUGCCUUAUCCAGGCACUUGGUGACACUGAGGCACUGCUGGGUUACCUGUGUGACAAAACCAUGAAUCAGGCUUGAGGCUGCAGACCAGCUGAGCCAGUUGGCCUGGGUUAAAUACACCACAGAAUUUGGGCACUAAAUUACAGCUCCAGGUUCAAGCCUGAAUCAACCUUGCAGUGAUGACACCCUCACGGUCACAAUUACAGUGGACGCCUGAUAAUUGCUUAAGUCAGCAUUGCCCUGUCAUAACCCUGCAGAGAUCAACAGGGCAUGACUUCCAAUGAUAGCAGAACUGGGGCCAGGGCUCCAGUGUUUCUUGCUUGACACCUAGUCCCCAAACACUGACUUUUACUGAACUAAAACUAUGCAACAUUGAAGAGAUUGUGCCAUGGGCGGUGCCUUAGCCACCUCUCCUGGAUAUGCACGUACACACGUUCAGAAGUAUCCUCUUCACAGUUACUUGUGAUGGGCUAAAGAACCAACACGAGUUCCUGAAGAGCAGGACCAGCUCUGGAGCUUGUGAUGUGCCACAGGAGGACACAACUGUGUUGUGACCACAGCUUCUCAGCCAGGUCUGCUCUGCUGAGGCUGCAGUUUUAGAGAGCAGAGGAGUCCUAACAGUUCAACUCCCUAGCCAAGAGUAGAGUAAAGGCAGGGAUCUGAAAUGAGAAAGGAAGAACAGAUCAUGGCUUCUGUAAGGCAGAGGAGCCUGUAGUACUUACUCCUUGCUGUAGUUAAGUGCAGUCACAAUUGCAACCUGUCCAUAUGGUCUUCCUGGGAGUCAAGGCUCUAAAUACCGCUGCUUAUUCCUUGAGGGGUUGGAAAGAAUUCACGAGGCUUGACUUGUCCCAUGGAAGAAGAGAUAUGGUACAGCAUGGGCAGUGUCACCUCUAAAAACAGAGCUUGAGAGACCAGCAAAUAAAGACAGGAAGUGGAGAAGGGGCAGCCUCUGUAACAUAGAAGUGGUGCUGGAAAUGCAUCUCACUGAACAACUGCACACCAGGGUACAUCCCUCACAGGCAGGAGUAGAAUGAACAAUCCUGGCAAGUCCUUGAUCAGAUGCAUGCCUCCACUUGCCAUCAAUCCCACUUUUGAUCAGGAAAAAUAGAAUAAAUAUAAAACCUCAAACAAAUAAAAAAACCUCACUAAUGAAUUAGCUAUUGAUACAUCCUCUCCUUACCAUUUUGUUUAAGUGACCAUGGCCAGUCCUACUGGUCACAGCAGUAGAGCUCAGCUGUACAAGAGAUGCUCAGCUAGAGCCUGACCCAAAAAAAUCUUAGCAGAAGGGAGCAGAAGUUUCUUUGCCUUGCGCUUGUCUAGUCCAGGAAACAACUGAACCAGGGCUUUGAAACACUCUGCCCUGCCUACAUUGAAUUAAUAUCUUUCCUUUCUGUCCCACUCUUCCCAAAUCUGCUUAUGUUUCUAUUCAAAACACUUGCAUUCUUCCAAUUCCAGGGUUAGAUCAGAAGAGAAAAUAAGCUCAGAAACAGCAUGGACCAAACUGACAAAUCCCCAAGUUAACCUACUCAAAGUGGAAAACUGUACAAACAGCAUCUCCACCCCCAGGCUGAUGUUCCACACUCCUCCACCCUCUUCACAGCCCUCCAGCCCUGAGCAAGGUAACUAAACUUGACAGGGUUGUUGGAAAAACACACAGUUCAGAACCAUAAUUGAUACAUCCCUCCUUAAAUCAGCUCACAGCAGCAGGUUAAUCUGGGGAUCUGUCAGCUUUGGGAGUGCCCAAAUUGUAACUUUUGGGAAGCAAACAUUAAGAUCCAAACAGUGAUGUUGUGUGAGAAUUUGAGAAACAGGUAAGCAAUCCCUUCCCCUCGCUGGGAAGAGUGACCUGAGUGACCUGUUGUGCUUGAACUCUGCCUCUGAGCUCCAUCUCGCUGCUCGGUGCAAGGUCAGAGCAUCUCACUGUACAAGCAGCACGGCGCUCCCUGGGACUGGGGCGGGAGGUCAGGGGACACCAGCAGCUCCAGAGGCACAGGAGAUGCUAUUAAGGCACAAAGGCCAAGGGACUUAACUCACUACAUGCAUGUGGAAUUAAUUAUCCUGAAAAAUGCACCGCUUGGAGCAUCUCAAGCCUACUGUGAAAUCGAAUUCGUACAUAAAAAGAUAAGUCUGUGUGGUUCCCAAGUCUGGUCACGACACGCUGCCAGCACUAAUCAUGGCCAGAGCUCACCUCUUCUUUAUGGACUUACCAAGCUGCAGCAAAGAGAUGACUGUUUCAAAAGAACUGAAACAGAAGGCAACUGUGCUAAAAGCCAUUCACAUGUCUGUGUGUGAGAUACAGCGAAACUUCAGCCAAUUAAGAGACUAACAGAGAGAUGUAAAUGCGAAGCAACACACUACGGACUUCAGCCAAAAAUGGCCUGACAUGCAAAGGUCACUGCAUUUCAUCGCAGUUUACCAUCCCUGCAGCAUUGGUGACACCCUCCUGGAAGCAGCCUUUGAAUCCUGAUGAUGCACAAGCCUGUCUGAAGCUGCUGUUUGUGACCACCCACCCGAGAUCAAACCACAGCCACGGGCAGGCUAAACACCAUCGUGGACAGGGACAUUUUAUGGACUGUUCUCCCUCACAUUCCACCACAGUGUACAGCAUAUCAUGCUUAUUAUAUUACAAGUGAUGAGUAAUGAAAAACUUACACUUAAGUGAUAUAAAAAAAGAGGGGAGGACCCAGGAAUUUCUCCCGUCCAACUAUAAACGCACAUCCAUUUACAUUGUUUUGUAAAUGAAUUUAGAAGAAAAAUAAAAAUACUAAGAUAUUUCCCUUCAGGACAACCAUUGCACAUUUGGUUUUACUUUGGAGGGAAGAUACAAACACACACAGCAGGAAUACUUUCCAGUUGAAAACAUGCAAAAUAAAUAGAAGUGGGAACAGUUCAGCACCUAGAGAGUGUUUUCCCUGUGUCCUUGAUAAACAUUUUCUCAGCUUCCCUCAGCAUUCACCUCACAAGUCCAACCCUCAAAAUCUGCUAUCUAGGAAGAACAUCUCCCAAAAAUACCUUUUGAAAGAAAGCCUAUUAAGCAGUGGCAUUGUUCUGCCCCGUUUUCUGUAUCACUCCCAUCUGCAAGCCAUUUGUAUGAAGAAAAUCUUUGUUUCCAAAGCUUGGCUUACUGAGGCUCAUUUGUUCCAAAACACAACAGCGUCUUGACGCUGUUUAUACCAAGGACAGCCAAGGGCUGGGCUGGCUCAGUGUGAGACGUUACUGGGUGCCCCAUCCCUCUGCCAGCAGUCACUGUCCCCCCCCCCCCGGCAGAGCAAUGCCAGUCACCCUCCACUCAGGGUAAGAACGUGGGGUUUGCCAGCACAGACCCAGACGUGGGCUGUGGGACAGACCCUCCUGCAAAGGGGGAGGACAGACCACCGAGGAUUAGACCCUCUUGACAUGUCCACCGUGGCCCAUUUAUCAGUGCUCUUUUGUAAAUACUAGAUCCACAUUUGAAUGAUUUAUGUGGGGUUUUGCGUGCUUGCUAAAAAAAGAUAAAUCAGGAUACAGAUAUUUUCUCAAGCUUGUUCAUAACCAGGAAAGGAUGGCAACAAGGUCGGAGUGUUUUCCUUCUUCAAUCUUAUCAAGACCUCAGAAGGAAGCGGUGGCACUAAACUGGCCUAAUUUGAUCAACUUUUUGGCAUAGAAAAAAGGAGCAGCUGCUGUUAAUAGAACAAAACUCAUCUCCCUCUAACUUCACAUAAGCCUCUUUAAAACAGACAAUGAAAUAGUUGAUAUUCAGCUGUUUUCAUCUUCUGCCUUGCAAGGUGGGUGCCAAAAUAUCCACAUCUCACAGGAGAUAAUCAGAAAAGUAUUCACAGAGUAAGAAUUAAUCCUUGGAGUUAGGGAGAAGGGAGAGAGAAGUGGGCAAUUCAAGUGCUCUCCGAGUGCCUCUAUUAGUUCACUAACACAGGUUUCAAAAAAGAAUGGAAAAGUCAAUGCUUAUUAAUUUUCAUGCUACUUUUCCUUCAAGAAUAGAGGAGAGACUAGAGAAAUACAAAAUAUAAAGUGCACCCAUGCUUAAAACUUAGGAUGUAAAAUUCUUCAAAAGGAAUAAACUAGAUUAAUCAUGAAGUACUUACACGUCUUCUCCCUGUCCACCUUAAAAAGGGACCUCCCUGUCUUUUCUAUAUGGAUUUAUUAUAUAUAGCUACAUAUAAAUAUAUACAUACACAAAAUUGGUAUGGCCUUACACUCCAUUUAAGGAUAUUUUGCUACACUGGUCAGAGUGCAGAGCAAUUGCUUCCUUCAAAUCAGUAUUUUUACAUCAUGAUGAAAUAAAUCUGUAACUUAGACCAUUUGCAUGACCACACAGACACUGUGGCAGAUUAUUUUUCUGGCUUGUAAAAAAGAUUUUAAAACAGAAGUUCUAUUUCAGCAGUUUGAAGAUGGAAUGUAAAGUUUCUGCCAUUAAAUGUAUAUAAAAUCUAUUUAUUGAAUCAUACAUUCAUGCUGAUUCUAAUAAAAAAAAAAAUUAAAGAUUUUUCUGAAA